UCUCCAGUCCCAAGCUGUCUGUCUCUGAAGAGUGACCGGUCUAUGUUUCAACCUCCAGUCUUCAGUAAUGAACCUGGACCCUCAGACACAAAACAGAGAGCAGAGUCUCCAGUCCCAAGCUGUCUGUCUCUGAAGAGUGACUGGUCUAUGUUUCAACCUCCCAUCUUCAGUAAUGAACCUGGACCCUCAAACAUAAAAGGGAAGAGGAAGAGUCAUGCUCCUGUGGAGGAGCAGCUGUCCUGCUGUGCUCUGUGUCACGAUGUCCUGAAGGAUCCAGUCUCUACCAGCUGUGGACACUGGUUCUGCAGACAGUGCAUCACCUCAUACUGGGAGCAGCGACCUCCAUCAGGAGACUCCUCCUGUCCCCAGUGUGGAGAAAGAUCCAGAACUGGACUGCAGAUAGCCAGUCAGACCAGCUCUGUACGAACAGAUAGUGGUCUUCAGAAGGUUUUAGAUGAACAUAGGCUCAGUCUGAGGAGGAGAUGUGAACGUGUGACUGAAGGAACUGAUAAAAGUGAAACCCUCCUCAACAGCAUCUUCACUGAGCUCUACAUCACACAAGGACAGAGUGAAGAGGUUAAUACCCAACAUGAGGUGUGGCAGCUUGAGACAGCUUCCAAGAAGAAGACCCUCCAUGAAACUCCAAUCAAGUGCCAGGAUAUCUUUAAAGCCUUACCUGACCAACAGACUCACAUCAGAGCGGUCCUGACCAACGGAGUCGCUGGAGUUGGAAAAACCUUCUCAGUGCAGAAGUUCACUCUGGACUGGGCCGAGGGUUUGGAAAACCAAGAUGUCAGUCUGGUGAUCCUGCUUUCCUUCAGGGAGCUGAACCUGAUCAAAGAUGAGCAGUACAGUCUUCUCAGGCUGCUCCAUGUUUUCCAUCCAACCUUACAGAAGGUCACAGCAGAGCAGCUGGCUGUCUGUAAAGUGCUGUUCAUCUUUGACGGCCUGGAUGAAAGCAGACUUUCUCUGGACUUCAGAAACAAUGAGGUUGUGUAUGAUGUCUCACAGCAGUCCUCAGUCAACGUGCUGCUGACAAACCUCAUCAGGGGGAAGCUGCUUCCCUGGGCUCUCGUCUGGAUAACUUCCAGACCUGCAGCGGCAAAUCAGAUCCCUCCUGAGUGUGUGGACAGGGUAACAGAAGUACGAGGCUUCAAUGACGCCCAGAAGGAGGAGUACUUCAGGAGGAGAUCGAGUGAUGAAGACCUGUCCAGCAGAAUCAUCUCUCACAUCAAGAGCUCCAGGAGCCUCCACAUCAUGUGUCUGAUCCCAGUCUUCUGCUGGAUCACUGCUGCAGUUCUGGACCACAUGUUGACUACAGACCAGAGAGGAGAGCUGCCCAAGACCCUCACUGACAUGUACUCACACUUCCUGCUGGUCCAGACAAAGAGGAAGAAGCAGAAGUAUGAAGAGGGACAUGCGACGAGUCCACAGCAGCUGACGGAGGCUGACAGGAAGGUUAUUCUGAAGCUGGGGAGGCUGGCGUUUGAACACCUGGAGAAAGGAAACAUCAUGUUCUACCAAGAAGACCUACAGCGCUGUGGUCUUGAUGCCACCGAGGCCUUGGUGCACUCAGGAGUUUGUACACAGAUCUUCAAAAGAGAGAGUGUGAUCUUCCAGAAAACGGUCUACUGCUUUGUUCAUCUGAGCAUUCAGGAGUUUCUGGCUGCAGUCUACAUAUUGCACUGUUACACCAACAGAGACACAGCGGUACUGAAGGACUUCCUGAAGAGAGACUGGCCCUAUAAGAACAGUAAAAACAGUGAUCAAGAUUACCAAUCGCUGGAUGUCUUUCUAAAAGGAGCCAUGGCGAAAUCCCUCAGAAGUAGAAAUGGCCACCUGGACCUGUUUGUCCGCUUUCUCCACGGCCUCUCUCUGGAGUCCAACCAGAGACUGUUAGGAGGCCUGCUGGGUCGCACAGACAACCGACCAGAAAUCAUCCAGAGAGCCAUCAACAACCUGAAGAAGUUGAGAAGUGAUACAUUCUCUCCAGACAGGAGCAUCAACAUCUUCCACUGUCUGACAGAGAUGAAGGACCACUCAGUACAUCAGGAGAUCACAGAGUUCCUGAAGUCAGAGAACGGCUCACAGAAGAAACUCUCUGUGAUCCACUGCUCAGCUUUGGCUUACAUGCUGCAGAUGUCAGAGCAUGUUCUGGAUGAGUUUGACCUGACUAACUACAACACAUCAGCCGAGGGACGACAGAGACUGAUUCCAGCUGUGAGGAACUGCAGGAAGGCUGUGCUUACUCUCUGUGGACUCUCAGAGACUCACUGUGAAGUUGUGGCCUCAGCUCUGAAGUCCGACCCCUCCCAUCUGAGAGAUCUGGACCUGAGUCACAACGAUCUGCAGGAUUCAGGAGUGGAGCUGCUGAGUUCUGGACUAAAGAGUCCAAACUGCAGACUGGAGACUCUCAGACUGGAGAGCUGCAGUUUGUCAGAGAUCAGCUGUGCUGCUCUGAUCUCAGCUCUGAAGUCCAACCCCUCCUAUCUGAGAGAUCUGGACCUGAGUGACAACGAUCUGCAGGAUUCAGGAGUGAAGCUGCUGAGAGAUCUUCUGGAGAGUCCAGACUGCAGACUGAAGACUCUCAGACUGGAGAGCUGCAGGUUGUCAGAGAUUAGCUGUGCUGCUCUGGUCUCAGCUCUGAAGUCCAACCCCUCCCACCUGAGAGAUCUAGACCUGAGUAACAACGAUCUGCAGGAUUCAGGAGUGAAGCUGCUGAGAGAUCUUCUGGAGAGUCCAGACUGCAGACUGGAGACACUCAGACUGGAGAGCUGCAGUUUGUCAGAGAUCAGCUGUUCUGCUCUGGUCUCAGCUCUGAAGUCCAACUCCUCCCAUCUGAGAGAUCUGGACCUGAGUUACAACGCUCUGAAGGAUUCAGGAGUGAAGCUGCUGAGAGAUCUUCUGGAGAGUCCAGAUUGCAGACUGGAGACUCUCAGACUGGAGAGAUGCAGUUUGUCAGAGAUCAGCCCUACUCUGGCCUCAGCUCUGAAGUCUGAACCCUCCAGUCUGAGAGAUCUGGACCUGAGUAACGACAAGCUGAAAGAUUCAGGAGUGAAGCUGCUGAGAGAUUUUCUGGAGAGUCCAGACUGCAGACUGGAAACUCUCAGACGUGUUUUCACAGAUAAUUAAAACUGCGGUCACAGUCGUGCGCAGUUGUGGACGGGCCCUCUCGUCUUUGCGCCUGUCGGGGAGGGUCGCCGGUCGUCCCGGCGUCAAGUCGACGCACACGAGUCCUCCCAAAUUAACCGUUUGUCAUUUCUCUCAUUUUCGCGUGCUCGACUCCUCGAUCCUCCAGCGACCCGGAAACGGAUGUCAGCGCGCCGUCUCGAAGGAAAACAAAUUUCUCUAAAGGCUCAUCGAGGAUCGAUUAUCGAGGAGGCUGUCUGGAGGAGCUGUAACCGAGGAUACACUGAUUUA